AGAAAUUCAACCUCUUUAUUGCUCAAAAACACAGGAGGGCUGCUGAUACACUCUGACCCAAGCCUUAAAAUCAAACAGGCUUCAACAAUUCCUUGUACAGUAAAACCUCAAUAAUUCAACCUUGGUUUAUUUGAAAAUUCAGUUAAUUCAUGGAACUUGUACAGCCCCAUAAUUUAGUAUGCAAAUUAUACUGGAUAAUUCGAAAAGCCUGCAUGCAUCCAUCCAGAUAAUUCAUAGUUUCCUGUAGUGGCCUCCAAGGACAUGCUGUGAAGUGCUUCUGGCUUCGCAUAUUUCAGAAAUGGUGUUAGAACUAUAGCAGCCAUGACAUGUCUCGGUCUUCUGCAAUUGCUUCGAUUAAAUAACAUUCAUUCUCUCUGGCCCUUACAGAACAUAGAUGCAUGGCCUUGGAGAUUGACUCUGAGAGAGCCGUCGCAGGGGCUGUGAUUUUGACACCACUGAUUGAGUGAGCACUAGAUUCCGUGAUGUGGGUGCUGAUAAUCCAUACAGCUGCGCAAAGUGCCUACAUUGUGCGGGCGUGCAUGCUAAUUUUAUGUUAUGUUAAUCCAUAUUAGCUUUCAGUGCAGAAUUACAUAGAACACAGGAACGGAAAAAUAAUUAAAUGGAAAAGCAUAGGCAGAGCACUGUUGAAGUUUUUCUCUUUUUGUAGUUCCUAGUUUUUGGCGUAAUUAUGGAAUGAAAGCUACCGUGGAUUGUGCUCACCGAUAACAUCACAAACCCUUUCAUGCCUAGCAAAAAGGGCAAUUGAGGGCUUUCCCCAUUCCCUCAUUUAAUAAUAGAUAGACUUGGUAAAGUCGAUGUACAUUCAUACUUGAAAAGCAACUGCCUUAUUUCUUUGUCCUUUUCUGUGUUAGCACUGUUCUUUAUCCCCCAUUUAGGCUCACGACAGAGCCCAGGUUGCUGCCACAAAAGCAUCCCUUUCAGGUGAAUCAGAGAAGUGCACUGCUACAAUAGCAACGUUGCCUCUCUAUACCACAAUUCGGCUUUCCGACACUCCAGGAGGACAUGGAGGACGGUCAGCCUCUCUCCGCAUCUCCCACAGGUUGGGGGCUCAUUUCCAGCAUCACCUCGAGUGGUACGCGGGGCCUUGAAGCUGGCAGCCUACAGCUACCACAUGGUCUACCGUCUGGGCAAGGACCUGGGACUGCUGAUGCCCUGAGCUGCCUGCCCCUGCCAGAGCUGCCUGCUGCUGUUCGAGAGCAUGCUGAAGUGUUCAUGCUGGAGCAUGCGUACCCGGAUGCACUCUCCAGAUUUGCCGUGUCACAGGCGACCAGCCGGGACCCAGUCCUGUCUCAGGUGGUCAAGGCGGUGGCACAAGGGGAGGAGUUGGUUCAGCGGGCCUAUAGCCACAAGGCCACCAAGAUGAGCCUGCAGCAGAGCUGCCUAUUGUGGGGUUCUAGGGUGGUGCUCCCACUGUCUCCGAUCCAGGGUCCUGCAGUUGCUGCAUGCGGGUCAUCCUGGCAUGGAAAAGACCAAAAUGGUGGCCCGGUCCAACAUUUGGUGGCCUGGCCUGGACCAGGACAUAUGGUGCAAAGCUGCGAAGUCUGCCAGGAGCAUCAGCGGGCCUCACGUCAUGUGGAAAUGGUCGGUCUUGCACCACUCGCAAGGCCGGCCACUGCAGACCCUCCGGGCGGGGCGAGGCUGGCUCAGGCAGCACCCGGCGUUGCCACGCCCGACCCAUCAACACCGCUGCCAGACCGUUAUUCGCCUGGAUAACAGGGGGCCCUCAACCCAGCUGGGACGGUGGCAGAGUUUAGACCACGCAUGAUAUUAUUUUACAUAGAGCCUGGAUGUAUAUUGUUUGAAUCGAACAAACAGAGGGUAAUGGGUGUAACGAGCAUGUGACACCCCCUCUGGCAUAAUUUUCGAUAGCACACUAGGCUCGGUGGCCUGCCAGGCUCAGUGGUCACCGCACGAAAUAAACACCGGCGAGCACAGCUGCUCGGCGAUCAGUCAUCGUUCAUCACCACCACGCUGUGGAGCAUUACUCUUACAGAGGGUGCCUCAAGCCCCCCCCUCGUUCACAAACCCGGGGGGAUCGUGACAGGUGCCUAAUGAUGACAGUGAUGAAUGUGUCGACAGCCAGAGCCUAAUGUUGGCGAACCCAAGGUACCAACGUCCGCACAAGUGCUAGACGCGGCAGACCUGCUGCGCCACUUCUUUGGCGCUAACAAUGACGGCGAAGACGGACUCGAAAUAGUGGCUGCAGCUCAAAAAGAUAUCAUUCGUCUUAAGAAGACAUGGCAAAAUCUAUCAAGGACUUUUUUUUAGCGAAGUGAGCCACCAGCUGGUGUGAUAUUGAUCUAUCAGUAAGCCAUUUGGCAUGAAUAAAGUAGCAAUUCCUUGCUG